GGAACUAGGCGAAAGGCCUUAGAGAAGAGGGGACGCUAGGGCUCAGCCGCAGAGGACAGAAAAUCGUGUUUCGCCACCUGCUGGCGGAAAUUAGGCGGCCGUGGUGGCGUGUGCCUGUGGUCCCACCAGCUCAGGAUGCUGACGUGGAAGGAUCAACCCAGGAGGCGGAGUUUACAGUAAACCGAGAUCGAGCCACUGCACUCCAGCCUGGGCAACAAAAUGAGACUCUGUCUCAAAAAAGAAGAAGAAAGAAGAAAGAAGAACAAGAAGGAGAAGGAGAGGGAGAGGAAGAGGAGGAGGAGAAGAGGAAGAACAGGAGGAAAAGAAGAAAGAGAAGGAGAAGAAGGAGAACAAGGAGAAGGAGGAGAACAAGGAGAGAUCAAGGAAGAGGAAGAAGAAGAAAAAAGAAGAGGAAGAAAAAGAAGAAGGGUAUUUGAGACAUUGCAUUUUUCACAAGUUGACGGUUUGUGGCAAACCUGCACUGAGCAAAGUCUACAGAUGGAUCUCAUUUCAGAUUGAAUUCCCGCUAAGCUCACCAAAUAAUUUCUAUUAAAGACAUGUGGGGAAUCUUCAAAGACAGGGUAAGAUUUUAAUAGCUCCUAGGAAAUUAAUGAUUGUAAUGUAUGCUAAAAUAGUGAUGAUGUGACAACCAAUAAUUAUAUUAACUUCUGUUACUUUGAAAGUACCUUUACGUCAUCAGUCAAGGUAGAAUUUUUAUUCUGACAAAAGGUUUAUGAGGACAAGUCUGCUGGGUAUGAAUACACAUAAUUUGUCAGUCAAAAGGUGGAAAUAUUCUGUACUAGGAAGUCAAGUUCAAAGAAAAAUCUGUAUUUGCUUUUCCAUACUAGCUACUAGAAAUUUCCAUACCAUAUUCUUUGAUAUAUGAAUAUAAAUGUUUGUGUGCAUGUGUGUAUAUAAAACUGCACACAAAGUGUAAAAGAGGAAAUCACUCUGUUUACUUGUAGUGCAGGUGGAAAAUGCAUGAGUAUUUAAAAGGACAGUUGCUUAUAAACAGAAUAGGCCACCAUUAUGUAAAAAAUAUUUGAAAAUAGAAACCCAAUGCUUAUCAAUUCACUGUAAAAGCUGCUUUUCUUUGAGUCUUCAAAGCUUUUGGAAAUGAGGAGCCCCCUAUUACCAUGAUGAUCAUCAGAGACUGAAGGGAUCACACCUCACACUUUAUUUCAAUUACACCAAGUUACCUGUUAACAUCUUAGGAGCAGUCAGCAGGUAGGGGGUGCAGGAACUCGUAGAUCGAAGAGCUAAGCAUAGUGAAAGAGACAGUGAUUCCAGAAAUGGGAAAUAAAAGGGGGGCUGAUAAGGGAGGUGGGGAGGGGACAAACUUUCAUUCCUUUCAAAAUUUACAUGAGGUUAAGUCUGACUUUUAGGGUGCAAUCUGGGGCAAGGGUAGAGUAAGUCCUCAUUUAACAUUGUAUUGGAAAUUGCAACUUUAACCAAAAUGACAUAUAAUGAAAUCAAUUUUAGUAGGCUAAUUGAUAUAACUAAGAGUUAGGCUCUUAUGGCAUAUUUCUGGUAACAAAUCAUCAUCAAAAUUCUAAAUAAAGACCAAAAUACUUCUAAUAUUAAACACUAAAAUACUCAUGAGCUUCAUAUGUUUAAGAAAAAUUAAUAAAAACCAGUAAGAUUAUUAUUUACCCACUUAUGCUGGUUCAAGGAGACAGGUGGCCAGAGUGUCUCUUAGAAACUCAGGGUGUCAGACAGGAACCAGCCCUGGACAGGAUUGCCAUUCCAUUGCAAGAUGCCCUCAUACACAACCCCACUCACUCAGACUGGGAUGAGGGAGCCAUGCCAGGUCACCCCACGUGCACAGCUUUGGGAUGUAGGGGGAAACUGGAGUACCUACAGAAAACCUAUGCAGACAUGGGGAGACCACACGCACUGCAUACACACAGUGGCCCCAGCCAGGAAUCCAUUUUUUUUUCUUGUCAAUGUCAUAAAGAAAUAACGCUGAAUAAAUUCACGUUAUUCAAAGACCUGCUGUAUUACAGAAAAGUCAAAGAAGUUCUAAAGAAGAUAUAAUAUUAGGACUCCCAUAAUUGCUAUUUGUUUUGAACCCUCAUCAAUUAUUCCAUGCUGUGUAGGGUGGGAAGAGAUCAAAAAGAACUUCUGACAAGGAAUGGGCAGAAAAACUCAAUACCGAGGAAUGCAGCCUCCCUCUCUAAUAUAGCUACAAAUACAAGAGCAAAAGAUGUGGCAAGAGAGGUUAAUGUCAAGAAGCAAGUGCAGAAAAAGCUGUCAGUUUUUAAAAAUUUCACCCAAUUAAAAUGUGGUUUGACUUUUAGAUAUCUUACUUAUAUUAUGGACAUUUUUAGUGAGAGAAAAAGCCAAAGACAAAAAAAUUGAUAUGGGUGAGUUUCUUUUUGCGAAAACAUCGGUCAUGUAAUUAUCAUCAACAAGAAAAAAUGCCAAGUAACUGAAUUCCAUUACAUAACAUGAAUUCUUGCUACUCCUCACUUUCUUAGUGAAUACACCACCUGCUCGUGUUUCCUCCUCCAAAUCUCCCAAAAUAAAUGCAUUGGCAGCCAUCCAGAGAUGGCUGAGGUGGUUUCAUUUCUGUAGGCUAACCACAUUUAGGCUUGGAAGCCUUUUAAAAAGAAGAGGAGGAGAAGGAAGAUGAAAGGGAGCAGGAGGAGAAUAGAGAAGAGGAAGAGGAAGGGUGAGAAGGAUGAAGUGUGAGGGAGGGAAGACAGAGAGAAAACUAAAGAAGAAAGUAGAAUGAAUAAAGAUUAUGUGAUCCAUAACCUCUGGACUUAUGUGACACUGAGGCAUGGAAGUUAAUAUGCUAGAUUUUGGUGAUCCUAAAUGUAGGAUAUUACAGAAAGAAAGUCACUUUGCUAACACAAAGAAAUAGUAAAGAAAACUUUGUGUGCUUUUUUCUAUUUAGAUCUCACACUUAAAACGCAGUUAGAGAAGAAAAGGCAUUCUUAUAAAAUAAUGUUUUCUUUUGUUCAUUUAACUAUGAUUUAAUAUUUUUAUAGGUAUUAUACUAUAUAUUUUGUUUUAAUUAACUUGAAUUUCAUGAGAAUGCUAGAGAAGUAUUUUAAUUUGGUACCUAAUUUAUCAGUAGUUUGAAGCACUAACAUUGAAAAAUGCUUUAGCUUUAAAAGUUUUUAAAUUUAAGUUUUAAUAUAUACUUUUGGUUAGGAAUUUAAUGGUUAGCGUAAAACCGCAGACAUAACAAAACCUCCAAAAAUAUAUAGCCUAACUGCUUGGUUGGCUAUUACAAAUCCAUUAGAAAUUGUUACUGUGAGUUAAAAAGACUUACAGCUGAGUUACAAUUUGGGAGCAACUGUUAGAACCAAGAGAUGGAAUUAGAUAAGAUCUCCUGUGAAUAUAAGCAGUAUACCUUAGAAAAACAAGAACUUCAAGACUAAUUAUAAUGAAAAAAGUUCGGGUAAUUACAUUUCCAUCAGCAGCAAACAUAUAUAUAGAGAGAGUAACAAAAUGCCAGGGAUGAGGAAGGCUUUUUGUGAAGUUAAGCCGGUAAUACCAGAGUUGGUGUUAAGUUUAUAUUGAUGAUUUUUGUCAACUGUCUAAACUGUAUGGGGAAAUAAAUUUCCUAUUUCAUGUGGCAAAGAAUAAAAGUUGCCCCUUAUUUUACUGUUUCC